AUGGCGGCGGAUCUGAACCUGGAGUGGAUCUGCUCCCUGCCCCGCUCCUGGACUUACGGGAUCACCAGGGGCGGCCUCGUCUUCUUCAUCAACGAGGAGGCAAAGAGCACCACCUGGCUGCACCCCAUCACCGGCGAGGCCGUGGUCACCGGGCACGGGGCACUGCGGCAGAGCACAGAUUUGCCAACUGGCUGGGAAGAAGCAUAUACUUUUGAAGGUGCAAGAUACUAUAUAAACCAUAAUGAAAGGAAAGUGACCUGUAAACAUCCAGUCACCGGACAGCCGUCCCAGGACAAUUGUAUUUUUGUAGUAAAUGAACAGACUGUUGCAACCAUGACAUCUGAAGAAAAAAAGGAACGACCUAUAAGCAUGAUAAAUGAAGCUUCUAACUAUAACAUGACUUCAGACUAUGCGGUGCAUCCAAUGAGCCCUGUAGGGAGGACUUCACGGGCCUCAAAAAAAGUUCAUAAUUUUGGGAAGAGAUCAAAUUCAAUUAAAAGGAAUCCUAAUGCACCUGUGGUCAGACGAGGUUGGCUUUAUAAACAGGACAGCACUGUCAUGAAGCUGUGGAAGAAACGCUGGUUCGUACUUUCUGAUCUCUGCCUCUUCUAUUACAGAGAUGAGAAAGAAGAGGGUAUUCUGGGAAGCAUACUGUUGCCCAGUUUUCAGAUAGCUCUGCUUACCUCAGAGGAUCACAUUAAUCGCAAAUAUGCUUUUAAGGCUGCCCAUCCGAACAUGCGGACCUACUAUUUCUGUACUGACACAGGAAAGGAAAUGGAGUUAUGGAUGAAAGCCAUGUUAGACGCUGCCCUGGUGCAGACAGAACCUGUGAAAAGAGUGGAUAAGAUUACAUCUGAAAAUGCACCAGCUAAAGAGAUCAAUAACUUUCCCAAUCAUAGAGUUCUAAUUAAACCAGAGGUCCAAAAUAACCAGAAAAACAAGGAAAUGAGCAGAAACGAAGAAAAAAAGGCAUUAGAAGCUGAAAAAUAUGGAUUUCAGAAGGAUGGACAAGAUAGACCUUUAACAAAAAUUAAUAGUGUAAAGUUGAAUUCUCUGUCGUCUGAAUAUGAGAGCGGGUCAACGUGCCCAGGUCAGACUGGACACUACAGGCCAGUCAAUUUGAAUAGCUCAGAGAACAAAACAGUCAAUGUGAGCCUGGCAGAUCUUAGAGGUGGAAGUCACCCCAAUAUGGGGCCCUUACACACAGAGGCUGAUCGAGUCACACAGAGAAUGAAUUCAAUGCAACAGCUGGAGCAGUGGAUUAAAAUCCAGAAGGGAAGAGGUCAUGAAGAGGAAACCAGGGGAGUAAUCUCUUACCAAAUGUUGCCAAGAAACAUGCCAAGCCACAGAGCCCCAGUCAUGGCCCGCUACCCGGAAGGCUACAGAACCCUCCCGAGAAACAGCAAGACCAGGCCGGAGAGCAUCUGCAGCGUGACGCCCUCGGCCCACGACAAGGCAGCGGGACCCGGCGCCGAGGAGAAGCGGAGAUCCAUGCGGGACGACACCAUGUGGCAGCUAUAUGAGUGGCAGCAGCGCCAGUUUUACAACAAGCAGGGCACCCUCCCUCACCACGGUGCCCUGACCAGCCUCAAAACCAUGGUCAACACCUCCGACCAGAUGAUGCACUCCAUCCCCACGUCACCCUCCCACGGCUCCAUAGCCGCCUAUCAGGGCUUCUCCCCUCAGUGGACCUACAGAUCGAAAGUGUCUUCACCAAUUCAGAGGGGAGACGUGACCAUAGAGUGCAGAGACAUGACCAUAGAGCGCAGAGACAUGACCAUAGACCGCAGGCACCGGGCCCAUCAUCCCAAGCACAUGUACCUGACUGACAGGAGGUCAAUGCCAGCUGGCCUUACUUUACAGUCUGUUAGUCCCCAGAGCCUCCAAGGCAAAACGCUGUCACAGGACGAAUGCAGAGGAACAUUAUACAAAUACAGACCUGAAGAGGUAGAUAUUGAUGCCAAGUUAAGCCGACUGUGUGAGCAAGAUAAAGUGGUACACGCUCUGGAGGAGAAACUUCAGCAGCUCCACAAGGAGAAAUACACGCUUGAGCAAGCUUUGCUGUCAGCCAGCCAAGAGAUAGAAAUGAAUGCAGAUAACCCAGCAGCCAUUCAGAGCGUGGUGCUUCAGAGGGAUGAUUUACAAAACGGACUCCUCAGCAUGUGUCGUGAGCUCUCCCGUGCCACUGCAGAACUGGAACGAGCGUGGAGAGAAUAUGAUAAGUUAGAGUACGAUGUAACUGUUACCAGGAACCAGAUGCAAGAGCAGCUGGAUCGCCUCGGUGAAGUCCAGACCGAAUCAGCAGGAAUUCAGCGUGCCCAAAUUCAGAAAGAACUCUGGAGAAUUCAGGAUGUCAUGGAAGGGCUGAGCAAACACAAGCAGCAGAAGGGCACUUCGGAAACAGGUAUGAUAGGAUCAAAGCCUUUCUCAACAGUUAAGUACAAAAACGAGGGUCCAGAUUAUAGACUCUACAAGAGUGAGCCAGAAUUAACAACAGUGGCAGAAGUUGAUGAGUGUAAUGGUGAAGAAAAAUCAGAACCUGCUUCGGAAAUAGAAACUUCUGUUAAAGGUUCCCACUUUCCUGUUGGAGUAGUCCCUCCAAGAACAAAAUCACCAACACCCGAAUCUUCGACAAUAGCCUCAUAUGUAACAUUAAGGAAAACUAAGAAGAUGAUGGAUUCAAGAACGGAACGACCAAGAAGUGCAGUGGAACAGCUCUGUUUGGCUGAAAGCACUCGACCUAGGAUGACUGUGGAAGAACAAAUGGAGAGAAUCAGAAGGCAUCAACAAGCAUGCUUAAGGGAAAAGAAAAAAGGAUUAAAUCUUAUUGGUGCUUUAGACCAGUCACCCUUACCAAGUCCUUCAAACUUAAGGGAAAAUCCAUUCAGGAUUACCCAGGCUCGAAGAAAGGAUGAUAACUCUAAGGACCUGGACGCUGCCAUCAGAGAAAAUGACAUGAAGCCAAACCGUGACCCUCCUGCCACAGACACUGUUCAACUAAAAGAAGCUGAACCUCAAAAUACGGAUUUCAGCGAAGAGUUUAAAAAAAGUGAAAAUGUUUUUUCUGAAACACUUUUCACACCUGAGCCAAAUGGAGUGAAUUCUGAGGAAGUGAUGGAUAAAGAAGGAGACAAAAAAGAGAUGCCUGAGCAUGUGCCAUACAGCCCUCAAGAGGAGUCACAGAUCCCAAAUCAUAAACCAGAAGGCCCCCCUGCAGAAGAUACAAAGGACGAUAUUCAUGAGCAGGAAGAAAAUGUUCUUUCUUACGAACUAACUCCUGAGGCUUCUAGAGGAAAUCAGACAAUGGCAGCUAUACUGACUUCUGCUGAAACCAUUCAGAGCUGAGGACAUGGACCUUUG